AUGUCGAAUGAUGAGGUGAAGCUGGUACGGGUGCCCGUGAGGGAGCUCAAGACGGCCAUGAACGGGGCCAGAGCGGCGCUGGACGAGAACCGUCGGUUGGUGGCAGAGCUCGCACAAUCGGAGGAGGAGGCGAAGGAGCUUGAGCUCAAGCUGCUCAAACGACAACACCAACUGGAAUGCUGCACUGGGUCCCGCAUGGAGACCCGACCAUAUCGACCCGGCGACGCAUUAAAGUCUACGCCUAGACGCCCACGUCCAAAGAGUGAAAUGUUCGGCGAUAGCAUACGCAACCUCAUCGGAGAGCAGGCCGAGACGCUCAACCAACUGGCAGAUCGAGAGGAAAAUCUCCGUGCGCUCAUGGAUGCCAUGCGUGAAAUCUCACGGGCGUCUGACAGUCUUGACGUUGUGAGCAACGCACUACGUGCAGCCCAGCACGUCCUUCCCGCUGAAAAGUACACGGUAGGUAUUCUCAACGAGAAGAAGGACCGUGUGGAGCUGUACUCGAAUCCACCAAUGGACUUGCCUGGCAAACGCUAUCUCAUUGAGGAAGGCAGCGCUCUCGUUGACUCAGCCACUACGUUUGGUCGUGUUGUGUUGACAGGAACACCACUCGAGGUCGCGGAUGUCAGCGGCUCUGAGGUUAUUGAUGUGUUUGAAGAACAAAUGGAAGUGCUUAAAUUCGAGCCAGAGGCUCUGCUUUGCGCUCCCAUCUUCAACGUCCACGGAGUGUUAGUCGGCGUCUUCCAGGUCAUCACCCGCAAGAUAUUGCCAGAACUUGGCCUCCACUCAACUCCAGCUACCCCGUCGGAUUCUCAGUGGUAUUCAUCUACUCCUCGUACUGCCCUCGCAAGACUCGGACGUAACCAGGGAGCGCAACAAAAAGGAGCUUUUGAUCCUCGCGACAAAGAGAACUUCGACUACAUCUGCGUAACAGCGGGGACUGCCUUGUGGAACUUGUCACUGGCCAAAGCACACCAAGCCAUGCAGAGCCGCAUCGAAUGUCUCCUCAAACUCAAUCGCAACAUCGCAGCCGAGGUCAGCGCUUCAGCCGUGCUCCACCAAAUCAUCGCUGUGGCUUAUGAGCUGCUUCAUGCAGAGCACAUUGCACUAUACGUGCGUGAUGAAGGCACCGACGAGUACUAUCUCUUUGCCAGCGAAAAGCCUCAUACUGGAUACGAUGAGACGUUUUUGAAAGCACACAACGGUAUUGUCGGCGUCGUCAUGCGCACUGGACAGCUUAUCCUCACCAAUUCAGCUUCAGCACACCCGGCGUUCGACCCGAAGUACGACGAAUUCUGGACAUUCAAGACGAAGCAGGUGCUCUGUGCGCCGGUCAAAGAUGCGAGCGGCCAAGUCUUGGCUGUCGUGUGCGCUACCAACAAAGUGGACGGUGAUGAGUUUACAGCAGACGACGCGCUGUACCUCAAUUACGCGGCUGAAGCAGCCGGAAUCUCGCUGCACAAGUCCAACCUUCUACGCUCGCGAUUAACUGAAGCACGUUUGCAACUUGCUGACUUUGUUAACAACAACGGGGAGCGGGCGUACAGUAACUCCAGUCACGAACCCGACGACGAGACCAGUGCUGCAGCCUCAGUCGCAAGAUUUGUGCGUGUAGUCAUGGCAGAAGGAAGAAAGCUGCUUCAUUGCGACCGAUUCGGCUUCUUGUUGGUAGAUCCAUUGAAAAAGGAGCUCUGGAUCACUCAAGAAGACGGAGAGAGAGUUCGGAUGCCACUUACCAACGGUCUCUCGGGGCUUAUCGCAACAACAGGGAAGAUCAUUAACACGCGGGACGCUUACACUCAUCCGCAUUUCGACCCAAGCUUGGAUCGCAAGACCGGAUACCGCACCACAAGUGUCCUUGGUAUGCCCAUAUUCGAGGAUCACACACCAACGAACCCCAAGAUUGUUGCGGUCGUUAUUGCCAUUAACAAGAAAGAUGAUGACGAUACAAACGUCACAGAAGAUGUGGCCUCGCGUCGCAUCCCCAGACAUCGUGUGCCUUUCACUGCUAGCGACGCUGAAUGUAUGACCCAGUACUGUCGAGAAAUUCAAUUCGCGCUUGGUCGCUUGUCGCUGGAUAUCUCGUACUACAAGGUGGUGUCGGACUGUGGACUCAGUGCACCUGGUGAGUCUUUGAUCAAAUCUGCCGAAGCGCAGGAACAACUGGACGGUAUAAAUGAACCCGAGAUCGUCGCGUCAAUCGUGCAGAAGUACUGUCAAUCAAGCGAGCUGGACGCACUGGAGGAGAUGGCAACGGUUGCUAACACUGACGAUCCUGACGAGGUCGAAGACGUGGAUGAAGUCAAUGGAGGGGAGUACGACGAUGAAGGUAGCGAAAAAGACGACGAAGACGAGCAUGUGACAGCAUUUUUAGCUAUCCCGUUCCCUCCACGAAGUCCGCAGCGACGAAUCUCAACACCUCGGGAGAAUGGACACGUGAUUGGAGUCGGUGACGUGACCCGCUGGGACUUUAGCUGCCUGGAUCUCUCCAACGUGGACAUUUUUGCGGCAGUAUCGGUACUUUUCCGCUCGCUGGGUUUGCUGGAGCGCUUCCAAGUCGCACAGGAGACAUUCUUCACUUUCCUUUCACAUGUGGCGUCUCAUUAUCGGCCGAACGCUUACCACAAUCUCCAACACGCUUUCCAAGUCACACACGCGACGUAUUGUCUGCUUCGCCGGUCAGGUGUAGCGCAUUCGUACUUCGCACGAGUCGAGAUCUUUGCCAUGCUCAUCGCUGCGUUGUGCCAUGACUUGGAUCAUCCUGGUAACACGAACGACUUCGAGGUCAAGACGCACAGUCAGCUUGCACUCACACACAAUGACGACGCCGUUCUGGAACGUCAUCACUGCCGCGUUGCCUUCAUUAUCUUGAGUCAUCCAGGCGCGAAUCUCUUCGGUCGUUUACCCACACGAGCCUGUUUUGUGUAUGUGCGUCGUCUGCUCAUCCACUGCAUCUUGGCGACAGACAUGGCCAAGCACUUCGAGAAGUGUAAGGCACUGGAAGGUCUCUCCAAACGCCAUCUUCUCGUCAACACUAACGGAGGCAGAGGAGCGAAGCGGGGUCGCAGCAAACAUCGUUUUGUCUUCAUGGCAAUCCUCAUCCACGCAGCAGACUUGUCGGGUCAAGCGUUGUCGUACACUCAAGCAACUCGUUGGGGCAUGCGUGUACUCUCCGAAUACCAGCAACAAGCGAAGAGCGAAGCCGAACUGCAUUUUCCUGUCGAAUCCUUCAUGGCCAAUCUGCACCACGCCAAGACCCGAGUCACCGUGCAGCUUAACUUCAUCAAUUACGUGCUGCGUCCCAUCUGGCUGCCAUUGGCCACGUUAUGUCCUGCCAUGAAGGUAUACGCAGACUCGUUAGAAUCCAACCGGGAGCGGUACAAAGCUGAACUGGACAAGCUUCAACGUGAAGCAGCAGAGGUUGAAGAACUGGCAAGAGCGAGCGUCCGUGGAGCCAGCUCUCGCAAGCUUGUGGAGCGCAUUGCAAGCACGAGACGUCUGCUUGAUCACCAGAACGAAUACCAGAACUCAAAAUGUUAGACAAUCACUGUAAGCAAACAGAACGUAGUUAAGACAAAUGAAAGUAUUGAAAGCCCU